CUGGAGCAGGCCCAGGCUGGGAAGCUGGCUAUGCAGAUCCAUGUGGACUACGACUGGGAAACGUCUCAGGAGUUCUCAUACGACAGCGAAGAUGAGCUGGAUGAAAAGAUUAGCCCACUGCAACGAUCUUUUGGGUCUUCACCAUCUCCCACCACCGGCCAGCCCAUUCUCUUCUCUCCAAAUCGAUGGGGCUGCUCUGGCAUGGAUAUCAGCAACAAGACCUAUGAGACCAUCGUGAUCCCUUCGCAGCCUGGUCAACGAAACUCUGCCACUGAGAAGACCCCACCGCCACUGCCACUCAAGAAGCCUCCGAAAGGGAGCAGCAAAUCAAAACCAGAUGCCUCUGAAUCGCUACCCCAUUCGCCAGACAGCCCUGACGUUUGGAACUCAUCCCUUUCCAGCAUCCCCAGUGUGUUGGAGGGUGGCCCAUUCUGGCAAUCAGCCAACAUCCGUAACUCUAUGGAAGUCAAAGCCACAGCCUAUUGGGAGACCUGCUCCGAUGUCGGCGGUGCCUCUCAACGGCGAAGAUCAGAGCCUACUCAGAUGAUAGCUCUGCAGCCUUCCCCUGGGACCUCUCCGGAACCAGGACAAACACCCCCAGUCAGGUUCAGCUCAGAGAGCACCAGGUCCUAUCGACGGAUUAGUAGUAGCAGCUCGAUGGGUAAAUAUUCCAGCAGCCCUCUCUCCCCGCAGAGCCCUUGUUGCCCGGAUGAAGUGUCUUUAUGCAAAACUGCGAUGCCAGGGCCGACACCUCUGCCUGUGCCAACGCCAAGAAGAUUUGCACCAGCCAAAGGACGGUUAAAUCGAGUCAAGGCUUUGGCUGACUGCAAAGGGGACAAGGCCCGCGAGUUGACUUUCUCCAAGGGCGAAGUCAUCGUAGUAACACGGGAAGAGGAUGAGCAAAAUUGGAUCAGUAACUUUCAAGAGCCACUUUGGGAGAAACGAGAGCUAAAAUUUCAACAUGCAGAAAAGAGCAAGGAAAAUGACCUUCAUGGAGAGAAGCUUUUGGCUCGUCAAAAGGGGAUGAAAUGAUUUUUGAGUCCAGAACAGCCAGAGAACAUUUAGAAGUGGCGCAGAGAGGCUCAUCCCUAAUUUUAAUAAAUUAG